CUAGUAUGUGCCGUGUCGAUGCCGACCCCGGCCCCCCCCGUGUCUCCCCACAAUCUCUUUCCAACUAAGCCCCCAGUCGGCGCAUGGUAGUUUUUUCUGACGACCUAGUGACCGGGCCACGACAAUCGAAUCUCGACUCGGAAUUAAGCGAUUGGCCGGUGCUGCAUGUCGUCGUCCGCUUUCUCAUAAAACUACACUGAUUCACGGCAUUGGUUCAAAUCCACGGGAUAGGAGACUUCCAGAAACCGAUCAUCGGACGAUGAUGGCUUUUCAACGUGUAUUACUCGCCGUGUAUCAAACCUCGUGGCAGCCACUGCGUUGCUCCUGACCCCAGAUUAUUGUCUGUGUUUCUUCAUACUAGCCUCUCGACCCUUUAUACAUCAUGGGUUCUAGUCAGACUGACCAAGUUGACGUGGUUAGCAAGCAUGCUGAAGGGAAUCCAACGCCCGAUUCGAUCCCCGCAUUCCUUCCAACGGAUGCGGGGCCCUGGUAUAGGCAAUCGCAUCUUCUACGUCUCAACCUCAUCAUUCUCUCCCUGGCGAUGUACUCGUCGGCGAACGGUUAUGACGGAUCUCUGAUGAACGGCCUGGAGGCAUUGGCUCAAUGGAAAACCUUCAUGAAUAACCCGGCUGGUUCCUGGCUGGGAUGGAUCAAUGCAAUCUACUGGCUGGGCUGCGGUGUGGGUUGUCCCACAGCAUCAUGGAUUGCGGAUCGGUACGGUCGUAAGCCAGGUAUUUACGUGGGCUAUGUCUUCCUAGCCCUUGGAGUCGCUCUUCAAACUGCGGCUCAAAAUGACACAACGUUUUCCCUUGCCCGUCUGUUCCUGGGUUUUGCAUCUGCGCUAUUUGGAAACUCAGUCCCUCUGCUCAUCAAUGAGGUUGCCCACCCAACACACCGCGGUUUCUUGAACGGGCUUUUCAUGUCGGGCUGGUAUGUCGGUGGAACGGUGGCAGCUUGGAAGGUCUUCGCAUCGCGAACAUACUUUUCAUCCUGGGCUUGGCGUCUUCCCUCAGUCCUUCAGGCUCUGGUACCACUCAUCGGUCUGCCCGGAUUCCUGCUCGCUCCAGAAAGCCCUCGAUGGCUAGUUUCAGUGGGAAGAGAAGAAGAAGCCCUGGCAAUUCUCGCUCAAUACCAUGCUGCUGGCGAUGCCUCUUCUUCUCUGGUCAAUAAUGAGAUGCAAGAGAUCAUCACUACCAUUCGAGCCGAGCAAGAGGCCAACAACAACGGCAGCUACCUGGAGAUGGUUCAAACACCUGGCAACCGCCGACGCCUCAUGAUCUCCAUUAGUUUGGGUAUUUUUGCCCAGUGGGCGGGCAACGGCCUGAUCAGUUAUUAUUUAUCCUUAAUUCUGGAUUCGGUUGGGGUCACCAAGGUCCGCGACCAGACUCUGAUCUCGGCCUGUCUGCAGAUGUGGAAUCUGGCCUUCGCAGCUCUAGGUGCAUAUCUGAUUGAUCGGUUGGGUCGUCGUCCUCUUUUCCUGGCAUCUGCAGCUAUCAUGUUCGUCAGCUAUGUCCUGGUCACCGCACUGUCAGGUAGCUUCGCAGUGACGAACAAGGCGGCCACUGGAUGUGCCGCCAUUCCGUUUCUCUUCAUCUUCUUCGCCGGAUACUGCAUCGCACUUACGCCCUUCCUCUCAGCAUACCCCUGCGAAAUCUGGCCGUACCGUCUUCGAUCCCGUGGACUGACUGUCACUUGGGUGGCCACAAUUUGUGCCAUGUUCUUCAAUACAUUCGCUAAUCCCAUCGCUUUGGGGGCCAUUGGGUGGAGGUACUAUAUCGUGUUCAUCGUUGUGCUGCUGGUCUUUGGUCUGACCGCGUACUUCUACUACCCCGAGACCAAGGGCUACACUCUUGAGCAGAUGGCUGUAAUCUUCGACGGUCCAGAUGCCCUUGUGGCCAACACCAUCGAGGUGGCCACCGUCGCCGAGGCUAAGUCUGGGUCGUUGGUUGUUCACAGUGAGUUGGUUUGAUUGAUACCUGUCUGCUAUUGAUUUAUAGA